GUUUAUUUUUGUUUUUUAAUUUUUUUUUUUCAAUCUAUUUUGUUAUCAUUUCUUUUGACGUUUAAUGAUUUCCCCCCUAAAUAAUAAAUAUACUUGAGUGAUAAUUUGCUGAUAAAUUGCAAUAAUUUGCUAAUGAAAUUAUCCAGUAAAUUUAUUUAACAAAGCCAGCUUUGUUCAACAAGUUCAGUACAAAAAAUAUACUCAACAAUAAUUGUAGUUGAAUAAAUGAUUUAGUUAAUUAAAAUAAUUAUAAUAAAUAAUUAUUAUUUUUCAAAAUUCAAAAUACAUUUAUUUGUCAUCAAUAGAAUUAAUUGUUUUUGUUUUUUUAUAUUAUUAUUAAAAAUGUCAGUUAAGAAUGAAUGUUUUUUAUUAAAAUUAUUCAACUGUAAUAUAUUGAGAAAUGGUAAAAUAAUUAAGGAAGAUCUUUGGGUACGAAAUGGAAAAAUAGUUGAUCCAGAAAAAAUUUUUUAUGAUGAAAAAAUUGAUCCUGAUGAUAAAAUUGAUUGUCAAAAUUGCAUAAUUUCACCAGGAUAUAUAGACGUUCAAAUAAAUGGUGGAUAUGGAAUUGAUUUUACACAUAAUGUUGAAAAUGUCGAGGAAGGUAUUAACAUAGUUGCUAAAAAAUUACUGGCUCAUGGUGUAACAUCAUUUUGUCCAACACUUGUAACAUCACCAACUGAAACAUAUAAAAAAGUAUUGCCAAAAAUUAAAAAACAAGAAGGUGGUGAACAUGGUGCAACAGUACUUGGUGUUCAUAUUGAGGGUCCAUUUAUAAGUGUCAAUAAAAAAGGAGCUCAUCAAGAAUUGCAUAUAAAAGGUUUUCCUGAUGGUUUUAAAACACUUAUGGAUAUGUAUGGAAGCUUGGAAAAUGUAUCAUACAUAACACUUGCUCCAGAAAUUGAUAAUGCAUGUGAUGUUAUCAAAGAAUUGAUAAAACAAAAUGUCAAAGUGUCAUUGGGUCAUUCGAUAGCUAAUUUAAAACAAGGUGAAGAUGCUGUUAAAGCUGGAGCAACAUUUAUAACUCAUUUGUUUAAUGCAAUGCUGCCAUUUCAUCACAGAGAUCCUGGUCUUGUUGGACUAUUGACAUCUGAUCAAAUACCAAAAGAUAAAAUUAUUCAUUUUGGAAUUAUUGCUGAUGGUGUACACACUCAUCCAGCAGCACUAAGAAUUGCUCAUCGUACUCAUCCAGAUGGUCUUGUGCUUGUUACUGAUGCAAUAUCAGCACUGGGACUUGCAGAAGGAAGACAUAGACUUGGACAAUUUGAUAUUGAUGUUAGAUUUGGUCGUGCAUAUAUUGCUAAAACUGAAACACUAUGUGGAAGUACUGCUGAUAUGGCAACAUGUGUUCGUAUCUUUAAAGAAGCUACUGGAUGUUCAGUUGUUGAGGCACUUGAAGCAGCAACUCUACAUCCAGCAAGAUCACUUGGUAUUGAAAAUAAAAAAGGAGUUCUUGAUUUUGGUGCUGAUGCUGAUUUUAUUAUGUUGAAUGAAAGUUUAGAAGUUUUAUCAACUUGGAUUGCUGGUAAACGUGUUUAUUGUAAUAUUAAAUCAUUAACUGAUGAAUUGAAUCAACUUGCAAGACAAUAAUCAUUAUUUUUUAUAAGAAAUUUUUAUUAAACAUUUACCCCCAGUGCUUUGAUAAAUUUUAAAAACUAAUCAUGAAUUUUUAAAUUGUUUUUUUUUUUUAGUGCACAUAUAACUUGUGUCAAUAUAUUUUUUAUAUUUGAGAUAUACUUUGUUAGGAAAUUUUUUAUUGUUAAAAUUGUUAAAGUUUUUUUUAUUUUUUAAAUCAAAUUAUAUUAGAAAAAAAAUUGAUGAAUAAACGAAAUUUAUAUGAAUAAUA